AUGGAUGAUGAAAUAUCAUCAAAUUGUUUAAUAUGUAAGGUUAAUCAGUUUAAAUAUACUUGUCCUGGUUGUGAUUUGAAAACUUGUUCUUUGAAAUGUUAUAAUUUACAUAAAGUGGAAUUUUCAUGCCUGGGGAAAAUUAAUUCAAAUAAAUAUAUUAAAAGAAGUGAUUUAAAUCAGAUACAUUUAAAUAGAGAUUACAACUUUUUAUUGAAUGUAGAUAGGAAGAUUCAAAUAAGUAAAGAAGAUUUAGAUAAACAACAUAGUAGAAACAUUUUGAAACGAACAAGAAAUGAAAAUGGUCAAAACAAAAGAUUUAAAUAUAAUAUAGAUGAUAAACGAGUCAAACUAGUACUCAAAAGGUUUCGUGCUUCUUUUCAAAUCAAAAGAGAGAAUACAUUGAUUAUAAAUCUACCUCAAGGUAUGCAAAGAUCUAUUUCAAAUAAAACAGGUUAUGAUAAAAAAUUAAAUUCUUUUGUAUGGACUGUUGAAUGGAUUAUAUUGAAUGAUAAAGGAGACGAAAGUUAUAAAUUUAUAAGUUACAAGAUUAAAGAAGGAAAUAUACUAAAAGAUGCAAUACCGUUGAAUAUUUUAGCUAAGCAUGCUCUUCAUUUAAAUAAAGAUGAAUUACAAUUGUAUUUAAAAAAUGUAUUUGAUAAAGAUGAAAUGAUAUUGAUUAAUAGAAAUGAGACGGUGUCGAAGAUACUUAAAGAUAAAAUAGUGCUUGAGUAUCCUACUAUUUAUGUAACUGCAUCAAAUGAAUCACUUAAAAAUAGAAUAAUAAAUGAAGAAGAUGCUUAUAAUAUAGAUAAUUCAGGUGAGUCAAGUUCUGAUGAAACAAGUAGUGAUAGUGAUUCUGAUUCCAAUUCUGAUAGUUCAGAGAGUUCAGAUUCAAGUUCAAAUUCAAGUUCAGAUGAUGAAGACGAUGACGAUGAUGAUAGUGGACCAGAAGAAUCGUCACUGAAACCAAUUAUACCACAAAAUACAAAUAUAGAAACUAAUAUUAAUGAUCCCAAUGAAAUAAACCUUGAUGAUAUAGAUUAA